AUUUUGGCGCCUUUUUGAACAGUUCAGAAGUCAAGCAAGUGCUUACAUCGUGCAUGUACAUCUGCUGUGCGGUGGAAUUAUUUUAUUUUAUUAGCUAAAUAAUACUUACCAGUUAGGAAAAAUAAAGUAAUUUGAUUGUAAUUAAAGAUAGUUUCGUGAAUUUCGUUGUGCUAAAUCAUGGAUGUAGCUGACGCUCAAGUAGGACAGCUCCGAGUUAAAGAUGAGGUUGGAGUGCGUUGCCAAAAACUGUUCCAGGACUUUUUGGAAGAGUUUAAGGAAGACGGAGAACUUAAGUACCUGAAGGCCGUUGCCGAUUUAAUUAAUCCUGACCGUUCCACCCUGGAAGUGAGUUUUGAUGACCUGGAAAAGUACAACCAAAAUCUUGCCACCAUCGUAAUCGAAGAAUUUUACCGAAUCUUUCCGUUCCUGUGUCAAGCGGUGUCCAAUUUCGCCAAGGAUCGCACCGAUCUCAAAAAGGAAAAGGAAUGUUAUGUGUCCUUCACGGAUGUCCCGACGCGCCACAAAGUGCGAGAGCUUACAACAUCUAAGAUUGGAAGUUUGAUUCGCAUUUCCGGACAAGUUGUGCGCACCCAUCCGGUUCAUCCGGAACUUAUCUCCGGAACCUUCGUCUGUUUGGACUGUCAGACGGAGAUUCGCGAUGUGGAACAACAGUUUAAGUAUACUAAUCCAACCAUCUGUCGGAAUCCUGUAUGUGCCAAUCGACGCCGUUUCAUGUUGGAGGUAGACAAGUCACAGUUUAUCGAUUUCCAAAAAGUUCGCAUUCAGGAAACGCAAGCCGAACUUCCGAGGGGAUGUAUUCCACGCUCCGUUGAAGUGAUUCUUCGGGCUGAAAUAGUCGAAACUGUCCAGGCGGGAGAUCGUUACGAUUUCACCGGAACAUUGAUUGUAGUACCUGAUGUUGGAGCCUUGCAGAUGCCGGGAGCUAAGGCUGAGAUUGGUUCCCGCCACAAACAUGGGGACAAUGCCGUUGAGGGCGUCCGAGGAUUGAAGGCCCUUGGCGUGCGAGAUUUGAACUACAAGAUGGCUUUCCUGGCCUGUUCGGUGCAAGCGACCUCUUCUCGAUUCGGAGGAACCGAUCUGCCCAUGAGCGAAGUAACGGCCGAAGACAUGAAGAAACACAUGACCGAUGCCGAAUGGAACAAGGUCUACGAGAUGUCCCGCGAUCCAAAGCUGUAUCAAAACUUGAUUAACAGUUUGUUUCCUUCGGUGUAUGGAAACGAUGAGGUGAAACGUGGAAUAUUGCUGAUGCUGUUCGGAGGUGUGGCAAAGACAACCGAAGAAAAAACUACCCUCCGUGGAGACAUCAACUGUUGCAUCGUGGGUGAUCCGAGUACAGCAAAGUCCCAGUUCCUCAAACAAGUGGCAGAUUUUUCGCCACGCGCUGUCUACACAUCCGGAAAAGCAUCCUCUGCAGCCGGUCUCACAGCCGCAGUUGUAAAAGACGAGGAAAGCUAUGAUUUCGUGAUUGAGGCUGGUGCGCUGAUGUUGGCCGAUAACGGAAUCUGUUGCAUUGACGAGUUUGACAAGAUGGAUCCCCACGAUCAGGUGGCCAUCCACGAAGCAAUGGAACAGCAGACCAUUUCAAUUGCGAAGGCUGGAGUUCGUGCCACACUCAAUGCAAGAACUUCUAUCCUGGCGGCUGCCAAUCCUAUUGGAGGUCGUUACGAUCGUUCCAAAUCCUUGCAGCAGAACAUUCAACUCACGGCUCCAAUUAUGUCCCGUUUCGAUUUGUUCUUCAUUUUGGUUGAUGAAUGCAAUGAAGUUGUUGACUACGCGAUUGCUCAGAAGAUUGUAGAUCUGCAUUCGAACAUCGAAGAUCGUGUUGAACAGGUUUACUCUCGAGAGGACGUCCUUCGCUAUAUCAUGUUCGCUCGGCAGUUCAAGCCUAUUAUCACAAAAGAAGCGCUUGAGUUGUUGGUUGAGAAUUACGGUCAUUUACGGCAACGUGACACUGGAACUUCUGGUAAGAGCACUUGGCGAAUUACUGUUCGUCAGUUGGAGAGUAUGAUUCGACUCAGUGAAGCCAUGGCCAAGCUUGAGUGUUGCGAAGAAGUUUCAGAAAAGCAAGUCAAAGAAGCAUACCGUCUGUUGAACAAAUCCAUCAUUCGCGUCGAACAACCAGAUAUUCAUCUGGAAGACGAGGAGGACACAGCAAUGGACACUGAAGAAAGCACACCUCAAUCAGACGUUCACGACCAAAAUGGACAUGCCGAAAAUGGUCACGAGAAUGGCAGUCAUGAUGUUCCCAAGAAGAAGCUAACGUUGCCUUUCGAAGAGUACAAAAAUUUGUCCAAUAUGCUAGUAUUUCACAUGCGCGCUGAAGAGGAACGGUUCGAAAGGGAAGAGUCUCAGUCAGAGGGCGUGAAGAAAUCCGAUCUGAUCAAUUGGUAUUUGGAGCAGGUGGCCGAACAAAUCGAGACGGAAGAGGAACUUGUACAGAGGAAAACGUUGGUUGAGAAAGUCGUCGAUCGAUUGAUAUAUCAAGAUCAAAUUAUCAUUGCACUGAAAACUGCUACUCUGGGAGACAAAGAAACAGAGGAGGAAGACCCCGUUCUUGUGGUUCAUCCCAACUACAUCAUCGAAACGUAAUUCGUUAUUGUUAAAAUAUUAUAUAUAAGCAUUUUUACUGCAUGAUUUCUAUUAUAAUUUUUACGUAAGGAACAUUUCCCUGAAAAAGUAAGUACAACAAUAAUAA